AUGGUGGCAUCGGCGUCUUGGGAUAGGACGGUACGGAUCUGGAAUACGUCAAUGGGGGAGUGUAAUGACGUCCUUCCGUCAGAUUCUGGCACGGACGUGCUUUCCUUUACGCCCGAUGACGGGGGUAUUAUCACUAGCAAUGGUGUAUCUAGUUUUACUGACAAUUGCAUGUCUCCCGAGAACCCUCCCAUGCCACCACCACCUUCGGUGGUCCCGGCGCUUGGCUUGCGGGACAAGAUCUGGGUGACGUCGACAGGACAAGAUUUACUUUGGCUACCUGCCGAAUGUCGUGGUGGAACAGCAGCGGUUUCAGCAGGUACAUUUGCGAUAGGUUGCCGAUCCGGAAGGGUUGUAGUAUUGGGUUUCUCUGCCGCUGAAAUAGCAAAAUUGUAA